AUGUGGUGCGCGUCUUCUCCGGCAGGGGCUGUCCGCCGUGACUCCAUCCCUCUCACGGACUGUCCUGGCCAGACUAUGCUUUUCCUGGUAAGAUCAGCUUUCCCCUCUCUGUUUGGUGGAGCUUCGGCCGUCGGGCUGUGUUGGUGGUUGUCGGUUGUAGGUGAAGCAUGGAGUCUGGCGCCAGCGCUCCUGCCGGUGGCUGGUGUGAUGGUCGUGACUGCGGCGCUCCUUGGACCCUCGAUUUCUGCAGACGUGACUCUCGGGCUAUGUCCGUCGGAUCCCGUGGUGGGGGGAGGCGGUAGUCCAAUUCACCUUGGGCGGGCCGAGAGUUGGUGA